AUGGCAAACGACAACAUUAAGGAAAUGAUGGAUGCCGGAGUGCACUUCGGCCAUUUAACCCGCAAAUGGAAUCCCAAUAUGGCGCCCUACAUUUUUAUGGAGCGCAACGGGAUCCACAUUAUCGAUCUUUACAAAACACAAGCUAAGCUUGAUAAGGCUGGUGAAGCUCUGGCUAAGAUUGCCGCUUCCGGACGUAAGAUCAUGUAUGUGGCUACUAAAAAGCAGGCUAAAGAAAUUGUGGCUGCUGCCGGAGCAGAAGUGAACAUGCCUUAUAUCACGGAGCGCUGGCCUGGUGGUAUGCUUACCAACUUCGUAACUAUCCGUAAGGCCGUUAAGAAGAUGCAGGGUAUUGAUAAAAUGAAGGAGGAUGGAACUUUCCUGACCCUUUCCAAGAAAGAAAGAUUACAAGUAGACCGUCAACGUGCGAAACUUGAGAAGCAGCUGGGUUCUAUUUCGGAUAUGACGCGCCUUCCGGGAGCUCUUUUUAUUGUAGAUAUCAAUAAGGAGCAUAUUGCGGUGGCUGAAGCUCAAAAGCUGGGUAUUCCUACCUUCGCUAUUGUGGAUACUAAUUCAGAUCCUCAGGCUGUUGAUUUCGCAAUUCCUGCUAAUGAUGAUGCUACCCGUUCCAUAGAUGUUAUGGUGAACAAGGUAACUGCCUACAUUAAAGGAGGUUUGGCGGAGCGUAAAGCGGAUAAGGAAAAAACCGCGAACGAAAAGAUCAAGAAAGCGGCCAACAAGAAAGCCAGCCAGGAUGAAGCUGCCGCUGAGGUAGAAAAAUCCAACUGA